GGUGAGUUGAAAAAACUGCAAUCAACUUCAGACUGCUGUCAUUUCAAUUCUAUUUAUUCUUGUCAAUAGUUCAAAAACUAAGCGCGCCAAAAUGUUGUUUUACAGCAUCUCAGCAUUCAGCGUGUUUCGUAGUGCAACCUGUAGCCACACGUAGUUGUAAAAGAAUCACCGGGUGAACAUGCCAAAGGCCUGCUGAUUUAUCAAAACAAACACAUUUUUGAUUUGAAAUAUCCCUCGUUUCUAAGUUCCAGUUGGUUGCAAUAAAUAAUAUAGCAAUUCCAUCAAAUUAUCAGCUCCUUCAAAAUGGAACCACCUCCCAAAUUUCUACUACCAUCACCAAAUUUCAACGCCAAAGGCAAGAACUGCCCAACAAAGCCGAAACCGCACUUUUUAACUCCAUCAGGUAUGACGCUGUUACCACGUGAAAAACAACCACCACCGAUGUAUGGAAAAAGAGGAGCAACAGUGCCUGCAAGAUUUCUGAAGAAUACCAUCGAAAAUGUUUCAAAGCCCGAACCCAUGAGGCAAUAUUGUGAACCAUGUGAAAUAGAACUUGCAUCAUUGGAAGAUCUUAAACAUCAUCGGGCCCAACAUGAAAAAUGUCCUGUAGAUGGUUGUCAAUAUCGUGGUCAUGCCAUGGUAAUGGAUAAACAUGUUACGGCCCUACAUAGUUCUGGUCUCUUCGAUAAGUUCAAGAAAUUGAAUACACCCGAAGAGAUUGCGGCAUGGCGUGCAGAGCGCCGUAAAAGAUAUCCUACAGUGGAAAAUGUCUUGCUCAAACAGAAAGCCCAGGAACAGCGACAAAAACGUGGUGAACGCUUGGAGGCGAGUAAAUGUCGUUUUGGGAAGCAGGAUGAUAGGAAAAGGGCAUUACCAACAAAAAAUACUAACAAAUCUAAGGGCAAUGAUGAUAAUAAUAAGCCGCCUAAUGAGACGAAUGGGAAUCCAAAACCAACCCAGCGGAAUAAUAAACGAAAUAAAAAGAAAAGAAGAAAUCAACGUGAUAAAAAGGAUGAUAAGGACAAAUCCGAAAAUGUUAUAAAAAAUCAACUACAAGCUAACUCAAGUGAUGAGGAAGAUGAAUUUAAAACAGUGGUGAGGUUUCAGGGUACUCGAGGAAUGAAAGACUACAAACAUUUGGAAGCUAAGGUAAAGGAAACCAACAAAAAUGCUUUGUUAAGUCUUGUCGGUAUGUAUGGCUCGGAUGAUGACGAUGAUGAAGAUCAAGAUGAAGCUGAAGCCACGGAAAUGGAAAACAAUGAUAUUAAAAUGGAGGGGAAUGAAGUGGAUCAUGUAACUCAUAGUGUUCCGGAAAGUCAGUCAUUGGCGAAUAAUCAGAAUUCCUGCGAAAGCAGUACGGAAGAUGUGGCAAAUUUAGGCCAUAGAUCGGAUCAAGAUGUUGGUGAUAUUGAUGCUGAUGCGACCGGUGAAACUGUAGCCAUAAAAAUUAAUGACUUGGAGAGUCAGCCACAAAAAAAUAGAUUAAAUCCCCCCGAAUGCAGUGUUGAAUUAAAUGGUCAACAUGAAAAUUUCUCUACAAAUAUUGACACAACUGCCACUAAUGAAGAUGAAAAGGACUCUUCCUCACAGUCUUCGACCACAGUGCCAGAACCAAUUACUAUUCCCAUUAAUGAAGACGACAAGCAAGCCACAAAUCCCCAAGCCAAUUCUUCUGAUGAGGGACCCGAAGAAGUGCCUAUACAACACCAUAUGACGGAAUAUAAAAUUCAAAAUGUAGAAGAAAAGAAUGCGACUAACUUAUCACAACAGCCAAAAUGUCCCCCAAAGGCGACCGAAGAGACAAAGAGGCCAACAAAGCCUGCUGUAAAACGAAAAUCUGGUUUGGACUAUCGCAAGGCAAAGCUGCGUAAACAAAAUACAAUGCUGGAAAAGCUACUAGAGACUGAUAUCAGACAUGAACGUAACGUAUUGCUACAGUGUGUACGAUUUGUGUGUGAGAAUAACUUUUUUGGUAUUGGAAGGCCAAGUACCAACAAUUAAGGGAGUUGUACAAAAAUUGUUAGACUUAUGCCUAUAUUAAGUUAAAAUAAAAAA